UAGUGGGGCGUGGAAGGGUCGUUACGCAUUCCAUUGUUGCAGUUACAUAUUUCAUCAACAAGUGCAUUCGUUUUCCCCCCCUUUUCUCUGGUUUCUCAAAUCCCCCCAAACCCAUCUUCAAUCCUUCUGUCGAAUUUCUAGUUGCAGAGCAAAAUGUUGGCGGUGUUCAAGGCUUCAGUUGCAGAGGGACCUGCGGAGCUGGUAAGCCCGCAUCGUCAGGCAGAUGUAAGGAAAAAUGGCAUAGAUUUGAUCAAUUCUUUUCUCUCUGCCAAUUCUGGUGCUGUCUGUGUUAAUUUUGGUGAUGUGGGUGCCAUGGCCUACAUUCCCAAACACCAAUCUUUGCUUGUACCCAGGGCAUUUGUAGCGAUGGAUGAUAUAUUCUGUCUGUUCGAGGGGACAUUGGAUAACAUAAUGGCGUUGAGGCAGCAGUAUGGGCUGAACAAAAGCGCGAAUGAGGUGACAAUAGUUAUUGAGGCGUACAGGACUCUCAGAGAUCGGGGCCCCUAUCCAGCUGAUCAAGUGGUCAGAGAUCUCUCUGGGAAGUUUGCAUUUCUCCUUUUCGACUUCAAAUCUCAAACUCUCUUCACUGCAGCUGAUGCUGAUGGUUCAGUGCCUUUCUUUUGGGGUACUGCAGCAGAUGGUUGUCUGGUCUUAUCUGACGAAGUACGCUCAGUCAAAGAUGGUUGUGGGAAGUCAUUUGCUCCUUUUCCUCGGGGUUGCUUUUUCUCUACAUCAGGCGGAUUGCAGAGUUUUGAACAUCCAAGGAAUAAGCUGAUGCCAUUACCACAUGUUGAUAGUGAGGGGCACAUGUGUGGAGCAAAUUUUAAAGUGGAUGAGCUCUCCAAAAAGGGUUCUCCCAUCCCUAGAGUGGGUAGUGAGGCCAAUUGGGCCAACACGUUCUGAUGUGCACAUAUAGAGAGUUAUAGAACCACAUAUGAAGUCAACCGGGCCAACAAAUUCUGAUCUGAACAUACACAGUCAUAGAACCACAUUCGUUAAAGGCAGGAAUAAUCAUAUGUUGGUUCCAAUUUAACUCCGUUUUAUGGAUUUGUUCCCUUUUUUUAAUCAGAAAGUUUAAAUGUGAAAAUGUUGGAGUGGAUACUUCAACAAAAUAAAUAGUGAUUGUAAAUUUGUGAAGUUGAUUAUAUGAUUUGUGAACAUUUCUUUAAACUAAA